UCUCAUAAGAACUUAUAUUUGAAUUCGAAGCAAAACUUAUGAAAACAUGGAGGUUCAGAGUGCACUACUUCAAAAAAAAUUAUCUGGCGCGUGGAGAUGCGUUUGCACACUUCGGAACUGCUAAAUGUAGAAUGAUUUUUUUUUCUCGACGUCGGAUAUCAGUGAUGUGACCCUUGCAGGCACCACAAUGAGUCUCUUUGUCCCUGGCUCUUUUAUUUUUGUUUUUUAAGUCCACGCAGCGCCCGUUCGUCGACACCACGCAAAAUUCUAGCCACUAGUCAGUCCACUCUGUCGUUGUUUUGGUCAGCGUGAACAGCAACACGGGUCAGUGUUCAGCUUUACAGCCGCUCAGAUCAGGCUUGUCACAAUCAUCGACAGCCAGCAGAACAUGUGCACGUGACCACCAUGCCCCACGCGCGCAUGCGCGUGUUGAUUCACUGAUUCCGCGAAGAAAACGAGCAAGAAGCAGAAUGUCGAACGUAGUGAGCAGUCCGUUGUCGACGACAGCAAUAUUUUCAGUGCCAGAUGUGGCGAAAUGGCGAAAAGGAGCGAUGCAAAAUCAAGAGAUGACGCCUGCUGAAGCCGUCCUAGCCGGUGCUAUCUUAUUUCCGGAAGACGAAGUGCCAUGGUACGAGCGCACGAUCAGCCUUCCGAAGCAGUUCGAAGGUGUGACGCCGGUGCCGCAAGCCGAUGUGGACGAGCCAUCAAUAUCGGGGCCUUCUUACGUGGUGUACGCUUUCUUCAGCGGCUUCCUCGUGCUGCUCGUACUCAUCGCCAUCAUCGCCUACAUAAUCUCCUACAUAGCAACGAAACCUGCGGAGCCCGUACCCCUGGUGUUGUGCUACUACGAUCCCACCACGAGUACUAAGUACUCGCCGUACUUCACCCGGUUCGACUUGUGCGUGGAGUGCUGCUCGCACCUCGUCUACGACGGGCUUGAUGUCGAUGCGCGUGGCAUCAUCAAUGAGAGGCAAAGCAAGGGACCAGCGCCAAGCGACACCAUCGGCGAUUGGUUAGCGCUGAAGCAGACGUCGCGCCUGAAGCUCCUGGUGGGGCUGCGGUUCCAGGCGACUGCGCAGUUCACCACUGCGACGGACCAGCGGAUCACCCAGCUCGUCCAGACGCUGCGCGACCACUACAACGCCCCCAGCGGCUGGGAUGGCGUCGUGAUCAGCAGGACGGGUGCGGACGCGGCCAAGGAGAUCGUCCUCUACGAGGCUCUGCACAAGGACAUCGCCAAAUCGAACUUCCAGAUAAUAGCUCACGUAUUGCCAGCCUCUAUUCAAUUCUACAAUUUCCCUCUAAUGCAUAGAUACGUGGACUUCAUCGUAGUGGAAACGCACGACUUCAUUGUGCAAGGAAAAGCCUACCCACCAUGCAUGUACGAGGCAGGCGGCACCAUUGAUGCAAGUGGCAAGAACCUGGUGGAUGUCCUGAACGCCAUCCAGAAUGUAGACAGACAAGUCAUGAACAAGCUGGUGCCGACCGUGUCGACAGUCGGCAAGAAGUACGACUUCCUAGACGCCCUAGCAACGAAACCCGGCGACCCCGUUUUCAGGACCAUCCCCGAAGACGAACCCCUCGUCGACCUCUGCCGAAAGUUGCACGAGUCUGGCACGCCUUGGAAACUAAAAUUUGAGAACAAUACCAAAUGCGACGCCGCUACGGACGGCAGUCUUGGGUGGAUUGGCUUCGAGAGUGCGAGGUCCGUGAAGCUCAAGACAGAGCUGGUAAAAAAGAAGCGCCUCGCGGGCAUCGCCGUGCUCAACAUAGAGCAGGACGACCGGUUCGCCUGCACGAGCGACAACCACCCAUUCCUGCUCGGCGCUGUGUACAGUGAAUUGCGUCUGCAUUCCAGCUGACCACUGGCGCUGAUGUCCACGGUAGUGGCCCUUCGGCGGGAAAGCUUAUCGCUAGAGGGCCACCGUCCUCGGGAAACGUUUCUACACUGACCAACGUGUGUUAUCUGUUGAACUUGGCUUUUAUACGGGGGUUAGGAAUUCUCGCUCGCCUUUUUUUUUUUCAAUGUGUUUUGUGAUAAUGCUUAGCAGUCGGUAUGCAAUUUGUUAGCAAGAAAUACGUUCAUUAGUGAUGCGCGAAUGCAUGUGUUAUGGAAGAGCAUGCGCUCUUCGGCCUUGACCUGUCUUCCUUCGUGGCGCACGAAAACCGAAUUAAAGUAUAGGUCACUUCCCCAAUCCCACCUUCCUCCCCUCCCUUUUUUUUCGACUUCUUUGUUUAGCCUCUGUUCGUUUCAUAUACGGAUCAAUAAAUAUAUUUUCCAUAAAACAAUAUUUUAUUCCACAUUAUAGAUAAGCGCAGUUGGACCAUAAACUACUGACAACGAAGGAUAUUGCACGAAUAUUAUGUCCAACGUAAUCGUCCACUACAUCGAUGCAAGAGAAAGUCCACCGGAAAUUCUUUUCGUUCAUUGAUCAUUAAUCUGUGUGCUUGUUUUUUUUUUUUUUAUUCAUUAUUGCCUGACUUUCUGGCUGAAUUUUAGAGAGCCAGUCCUAAGGGGGCCUACGUUCCCAUUUUUCUACAUUUUAAUAAAUCAUUAUAUGUCGGAAAACUAUAGCGUAAGCAUCAAUAUCAGAUGGUUGAUAUCACUCUUCCGUUCUUUUUUUUUUCUUUUCCGUCUGUAGUGUGCAGAAGAAACACAAGAGAUCGCACCACGAGCGAAGCAGCAUAUGUAUGUAAGCAAAGUACGAUGUUGGGCUAUAAAGUUGAUGCGCAGCUGGCGAUAUUUGUGGUGCAAAAUGUUAGGAAAGGGUACGGGAAAAACGGACCUUCACGUGCGUUUCAUUCCACGAGAUUUUAAGCUGUCUUGUACGUCCACUCCGGCGCCUCAUUUUCCUUUCUUAAACCUUACACGCCGCAAACGUCGGCCGCAUAUGUGGCUGGACGUAUCUCGAUAUUUGUGGCUUCCCAAGAUACAACAAGCACGCGAGCUGCAUCAGCUAUGCACAAAGCGUGCUUUUGUGCCGUUCGCCUGCUGACUGCUCCUGCUAAUAAAUUUGAAUUUUUUGACGGCAAAUUGUACUGACUGAAAUACCCGCCGCCAUCGUCAUGAGCCCCGCUGGCUAACACUUUCAGGUAGGGUGCUUCUAUGCGCGCUUUAAAUCCAGGGCUAUGUUUCAG